AUGCAUUCCUACGUAGAACCAUAUUAUCGUCCAAUGGAUGAGUCACUGAGUUUUGACAUAUCCAGUAGUAAUAAUAGUUCAAUUUUAUUAGAUAAUGAAACUGGUAAUGUGAUUACUUCCAUUGAUACGACAUCGGGGUUGACCCAAGAUUCACCUCAUCAGUCCUUUUUCAUAAAACCACCUUUUCCUCCAACAAUAAACAUCGAUGACUUGGUUACCUCUAAACCUAACGGUGAUAAGCCUUCAAAAUCAAGUAAUGCUUUUAUUAUUUAUCGUAAAGUUUAUGUUAAGGAACUUCACUCACGAGGAGUAAAUUUACAAAUGACUCAAAUAUCACCUAUGGUUUCUGAGUCAUGGAAGCAAGAACCUGAGAUAGUAAAACAAGAAUAUAAAAAACUUGCAGAAGCAGCCAAGAAAAGAUAUAAAGAAAUUUGGCCUUCAAAGCCGAGACGUCGACAUCAAAGAAGACAACAACCACAAAUACCAACAAAUCCUUCAAUACGUGCUAUUGAUACUUCAAAUUCAAUUCAAACGUAUUUAACAAAUGAAUCUUUGUCUUCUACCCCAGCUAUAGAGUUAGGAGAAUCUUGGGGAUUAUUACCUUCUUAUUUGACAAUACAGAAUACUUCAUAUGAUUCUGCAACAUUAUUAGAUCAGUUAUAUUAUGAUUCAAAUACUAUUUCUUCUAGUCCGACAACCGCUAAUUCAUUAAGUGACCAUAAUAAUAGUAUUUUGACACCAAAAGUAGAAGAAAACACUGAUUCACCCCAUUCGACUCUAUUUAAUUUAAUGCUAAACGGACGUCAUACAAAUGCAACUAAUUUAUCUGAAUUACCUGAUAAAAGAGCAUAUCAUCAACUUAUGACUAAUUGGCAUAAAGGCUUGAAGAGUCAUGAUAUUCAUCCAUAUCGAUCUUUUAAAGAUGCUAUGACCGUUACUUUUUUCACCUCUCAUCUAGUAUAA